GUGACGGCGCUGCUGGCGCUGACGGAGGGCGCGCACUUCCAGAGCAACGGCCUGCUGUACGUGACGGAGAAGCUGCGCCUGGGGCCGCACGGCGCCACCUCGCUGGUGGUGCGCGUCGUCGUCACCAGCCCCGGCACCAAGAACAUGACCGCGGAGGUGUCUGGCUACGCGAGCGACUCGUGCCUGGGCGGCGGCGGCGGCGGCGGUGGUGGCAGUGGUGCGAGUGGUGCGGCGGCCAACAGUUCGCUGGUGGCGUCUGUGCUGCGCGCGGCGGCGGUGGCGGUGCGGCCGGAGGGGCUGAAUGUGGUGGUAUCGUCAGCAGAGGACUUCCGCUUUGAGUUCGUGGCGGCGCCGCGUGGCCGCGCUGAGCUCGUGUUCGAAGUGCGCGCGGCGGCGUCUGCGCACGUGGCGCUGUCCGACGUGCGCUACACCAGCGACCGCAUGUACCAGGUGGUGCUGGGCGACCUCGACAACUCCGUCUCCUGGAUUGGACGCGGGAAGCACGGGUACGGCGUGCACCUGGCGACGACGAGCAGCCCUCACGUGCUGUCGGCGUCCGCGUUCCGCGCCUUCUGGGUGCGCUGGAGCGGCGGCGCCGUGUCGGUGGGGCGCGGCGCGCAGCCGGGGCUGCGCACGCUGCUGUCGUGGCGCCUCGACCGCAAGCUGCGCGUGCAGCACGUGGGCUUCGCCUCCGCCUUCGGACGCGCAGCGGAGUUC